AGGGAAAAAAGUGUCCAAAAACGGGGGUGCUGCUGGCUAUUACUAAUAUUGGAAAUCCAUUGUAUAACAUCUGGAGGAAUCAGGCCAGGAAUCGACGUCUCGGGGACGGAACGGAAUCCAGUGCUCGGAAUACGGUGGCAGUGACAGUGAGCCACAGAAGACAGUGCUAAAGUGAACCCAUCGGUACCUCUUUAGAAGAAGAAUUCAAAUCGUGAAGGAAAGCAUACAAAUCUAGAGAAAAACAGGAUAUUCGCGCGAACGUUUGUAUUCGCGUGUUUGUGUGUGACCAACCGAAAGUCACUCAUCCAUUUUGUGCCGGUUUGUGGUCAAUGGUGGACAUGUCAUGAGAAUUAACAGAAUCGACGAAAGAAUGGAUGAAAAUUCGGCACUGAACCACCAGAAUGGUGGCAGUGGUCAACUGGUCGGAAUGGGCGUCGGUGGAGCCGGAUCGGGAGUGCAAGCGGGUGGAAGUGCCGGAGGCCUCGGCGGAAUGGUCAACAACAACAACUCCAUGGGAGGAAUGAACAACAACAAGCCGGGUGGUAUGGGCGGAACCGGAGGCAACGGCCAGGACGAUCAGAACAACAAGGCCUCGCCGACACAGUACUCGAUUCCGGGCAUUCUACACUUUAUCCAGCACGAGUGGGCUCGUUUCGAGCUGGAGCGGUCCCAGUGGGACGUUGAUCGCGCCGAACUACAGGCAAAAAUUGCAGUACUAUUAGGUGAACGAAAAGGUCAGGAAUCUCUGAAAUCUGACCUCAUUAGGCGUAUUAAAAUGUUGGAAUAUGCUCUAAAACAAGAAAGGGCGAAAUUCCAUCGGUUAAAGUAUGGUGUAGAUCCUCCUAUGAAUGAUAUUAAACCCCCUUCGGACGAUCCCGGUAUAGGCACAGAAGUGGCUCCAGAUCCCGAAGUCCCCUACAGUUCCGUGUCCAACAUAACAUGGAGGCAAGGCCGGCAGCUGUUGCGUCAGUAUCUCCAAGAAAUCGGUUACACUGAAACAAUCAUUGACAUCCGCUCGAAUCGGGUUCGCUCGUUACUGGGGCUGAACAACAACAGCGAACAGGAGGAGAAUGUAAACCCAAACAUCAACGGUGGUAGCGAAACCAAUAAACGUGCUAGCGAGUCACAAGGUCGUCGGACACCGGCGAAAAAGUCCCAACCCUCAUCGAUGACCGAAGCAAUGAUCCUGGACUCGGAAGCUGCCGUCAUAGCGAACUUCGAAUUCCUGACGCAAGCCGACACAGAGAUGUCCGAUGACGAUGACAUGUCCGACGAGAUCGGCGAAAAUGAGGAAACGGAUAUGAAGACGACAAAGCGAAAAGCCAAAGCUACUCUGAACGAUGACGAUGUUGACGCCGAAGCGGAUGAAGUUAUCAAUGAGUUGAAUCUGCUAACAGAAGGUGAGGACAGCAAUUUGACAGAGAACAGAAAAGCCGACGGAGGGGAUUUAUUUGUUGGCUACAACAAACCCGCCAUACCACGUCACCCCACGAUACCGGGAAUCACCAGUGAUGAGGAGGUUGACUCCUCCCUAGGGCUCGGUGAGCUAGCGCAACUAACAGUCAAUAAUGAGGCCGAAUCGACGUACGAGGUGUCCAACACGAAGGAACCAUAUCGCAAGACCUGGAACGCCAAAUACACGCUGCGAUCGCACUUUGACGGCGUACGGGCACUAGCGUUCCACCCACAGGAGUCCGUUCUGAUAACAGCCUCUGAAGACCACACGCUGAAGCUGUGGAACUUGCAGAAAACCGUGCCAGCUAAAAAGUCAGCUAGUCUUGAUGUGGAGCCUCUCUACACGUUCCGUUCGCAUAACGGACCGGUGCUGUGCUUAGCAAUGUCCGCCAACGGUGAACAAUGCUACUCGGGUGGUCUAGACGGAGCGAUCAACUGUUGGAAUCUACCGAACUACAACAUUGAUCCGUACGAUAGCUAUGACCCAGAGGUAAUGAGAUGUACGCUGGACGGACACACAAACGCCGUUUGGGGUCUAGCAGUGAAUCACACGAAAAACAGUCUCGUGUCGUGUUCCGCCGAUGGUACCGUCAAGUUGUGGACACCUUCCGGUAAGAUUCCACAGCUGAACAAUACAUUCACGUCGGAAACGGAAGGCAUCCCGACGUCGGUAGAUUUCGUCCGUGAUCAAACCGACAGAAUAGUGGUUGCCUACAGUAGUACGCAUUGUUUAAUCUACGAUACGGAAACCGGCAGACAGGUAGUGAAACUAGAAGCCAGUCAGGAGAUGACCGGCAACGUAGGGAAACACAUUAACAAAGUGAUCAGCCAUCCGACGCUACCGAUCACGAUCACGGCGCACGAGGAUCGACACAUUCGGUUCUGGGAUAACACCACCGGAUCGUUAAUUCACUCGAUGGUUGCCCAUCUGGAUGCGGUCACCAGUUUGGCCAUCGAUGCGCACGGAUUGUAUCUGCUGUCCGGUUCGCACGAUUGCUCCAUUCGAUUAUGGCACAUGGACAACAAAACGUGCGUGCAGGAAAUUACGGCGCAUCGCAAAAAGUUCGACGAAAGUAUAUUGGACGUUGCAUUUCAUCCUUCGAAGCCGUAUAUUGCUAGUGCAGGUGCUGAUGCAAUAGCUAAAGUGUUCGUUUAAUGUAAGUCACGCUGAAACUUUUUUAAGAAAAUGUACAGAGUCAACAGGCGUUGCGUGGGGGGUUACUAGCAGGUGUUGAUCUGGUCGAUCAGAUAGUAAUAUGAAAUAUCACCACACGCAAAAGGUUCCACUGGUCGAGAAUGAACAUCGGCCAUACUCUCAAUUCCCAAAGUCCCCAAGAUGGUUACUGCAGAACGUCACAGGUCACGCAGUUGACCUCGGCCUGUGGAACUGUGACACGCAGAAGCAUGGUUACGCUUGCCGGCUUCUCAAACGCUUGCUAGUUACGCCCAUGUCGAAAGAUGGUCCGGAUUAAAACAAAACAUAAAAUAAAGGCAUGUUCUUUAUAACAAGGUAGUAUACACAAAUCCGAGAACAGUGGGAAAGAGAAUAAUGCAAGUGAUGGCGAUACGCUAGAUGCAACAGGCAAAAGUAGUUGUUUUUAAUUAUCACGAACAUUCUAGUUACAAAAAAUAUUAAAAGCUGACGAUUGAAAGCAGAAGUAAUAACAGACUUAGUAAUAUGCAUGAUAAUUUUUACAGAGAAAACAAGAAACUCACAUAAAUACACAACAUAACACAAACUCACUCAAACGAAUAACAUACAUUCUUACACUCACACGAACGACAUCUACC